CCCUUCCCCCUUUCUGAAACCCUAAUUUACUCGGAACUGCUUCUUCCAUUACACCUUACCAUAUCGAUUCCUCUUUUGUAUGCAGAAACUAAUUCUAUACUAAGUCUUUCUAUUACGCCACUUCUCAGAAACAUGGACACCGUACAUGCGAACCCAGCAGCGUCAUCACCACAAACACACAUAGUUCAGAUUCCUUCAGCUGAUCAACUUCCACACCCUUCUCGUCACAUACUUGAAGAUAGAAGGGAAUACUUUCAGAAAUGUGUACCCCUUUAUAAGCUAGCACUGAGAGGUGAUUGGAAUGAAGCCAAGCGCAUGAUAGAUGAAGAUACUAGUCUCUUAAACGCUGCCAUAACAAAGGAAUGGGGUACACUGCUUCAUGUUGUGGCAGGAACAAACCAUGUUCACUUUGUGAAUCAAUUGCUUAAAUUACUUAACCCACUUGAUCUGGAACUGCGAAAUUUCAAUGGAAACACAGCCUUUUGCUAUGCUGCUGCAUCUGGAAACAUGGAAAUUGCUGCUACCAUGAUCAAGAAGAAUGAAGGCCUACCCAAAAUCAGGGGCGGAGCAGAAGCCACUCCUCUUUACAUGGCUGUCUUGCAGGGAAAAGGUGAAAUGGCAAGGCAUCUCUACCCUCUCAGUACCAACAUUUUACAGGAAGAUGACUUCACCAUGCUGUUCUUCCUCUGCAUAAAAACUGAAUUAUAUGAUAUUGCUUUGCAAAUUGUACAAAAACACUCAAGGCUGGCAUUGGAGAGGGAUGAGAACAACGACACAGGCUUGCAUCUCUUGGCUCGAAAGACUUUUGGUUUUAGUGUUCUUGGUCAAUGGUAUCUUCCAAACCAGAUCUUGAACUCUAGCAUGAAGGCAACUCCAUUCGUCCAACUUGUUGAGUGUCUUUGGAGAAUGCUUUUCGACCAAGAUUACGAGGAAACAGAGUUGAGGACUUUCAUAAGUCAUCCAUCACAAAUAACAUUUGACGCUGCACAAGUUGGAAAUUUUGAAUUUUUAGAUACACUUAUGAGGUCUUACCCUGAUUUAUUAUGGGAAGUGGAUCAAAAAAACCGAACCAUAAUUCACAUUGCUGUGCUUCACCGCCAUUCAACAAUCUAUAGUCUAAUACACGGACUUGGCUCCAUCAAAGAUUUCAUAGCAACUUUUGAGGACGACGAAGGAAACAACAUCUUGCAUUAUGCUGCUAUGUUGUCACCUCCGGACAAACUCAGCUCAAUUUCUGGAGCAGCUCUUCAAAUGACACAUGAAUUAUUAUGGUUCCAGGAGGUGAAGAAAAUAAUGCUGCUGUUAAAUAUAGAGAAGAAAAAUGGUGAAGGAAAAACUCCUCGUGAAAUAUUUGCUGGGAAGCAUAAAGAACUAUUGACAAAGGCAGAAUCAUGGACAAAGAGCACAGCCGUUAAUUGCAUGCUUGUAUCUGCACUCAUAACCACAGGAGUUUUCACUGCUACAUUUUUGGUACCUGGUGGCAACAAUAAAAAGACAGCAAAUCCCAACUAUUUGCAGGAACAAGCAUUCCUCGUAUUUUCGUUAUCAGUUGCAUGUGCACUGAUAUCAGCAUCAGCCUCCAUACUGAUGUUCCUGUCCAUCCUCGUUUCAAGUUAUGCAGAGGAUGAAUGUUUCAAUUCCCUCCCUUACAAGUUACUCUUUGGUAUGGCCACACAGAUCAUCUCCAUCACAACCAUGAUGAUAUCGUUCAGUGCUGCUUUUUACAUAACAUUUUCUCAUGGUUUAACGCGGGUUCCGUUUUCUAUUUUCGUGCUCUCGUUUCUGCCAAUACCCUUGUUCAAACCGCUAUGGUCAGAUAUUAUUUAUUCUUCUUAUCUUUGUAUGUCUCUAUUUUGGUAUAGAAAAUAAAUCCUUGGCUAGCUGAGGACUUUAGUCCAGA